CAAGAGGCUCUUUAGUUCUUUACUUUCUGCCAUAAGGGUGGUGUCAUCUGCAUAUCUGAGGUUAUUGAUAUUUCUCCCCGAAAUCUUGAGUCCAGCUUGUGCUUCAGCCAGCCAGACAGUAAAUGAUGGUAAAAUUAAGGAGUGAGUUUCAGAUAGAAUCUCCCUGCAAUGCAGGAGACCUGGGUUCAAUCCCUGGGUGAGGAAGAUCCUCUGGAGGAGGGCAUGGCACCCACUCCAGCAUUCUUGCUUGGAGAAUCCCAUGGACAGAGGAACCUGGUGGGCUACAGUCUAUAGGGUCGCAAAGAGUCAGUAGGACAUGACUGAAAUGACUGAGCAUGCCUGCACAGGGCUGGGGUAGAUGGGAAGGAUGCGAGGGUAAAUGAGUCCUGCCUAGAUGGUAAAUUUUUGAAUAAAAUGUUUUAAGCCAUUAAGUUUCACGGUAUUUUGUUACUCAGCAAUAGAUAACUGGAACAGGCAGUAUUAAUAGAACUGAUUACAUACUGGAAAUAAGAGAAGGAGAAAUUAAAAAUGUUUACCAGAUUUUCUAGGUUAGGAAAAUUUAAUAAUAAUAAAAAAAAGCAGUACUAAAUUGUAUUGGCCUGUUUACCCACUUAAAGCAGGAAAAAAAUUACCCAUUUAGACAGUGUUAGCUGGAGUCCUAGCCAUACAGCAUUACUUUAUAGAGGAGAUGAGUAUCUAUGAGACUUCUUUUUUUUAAACAAAGCUUUAUAAUUAGUUUGUUCAGAUAGUAACAUCACGAUUGUUCUUAGGAAACUAAAAUAGUAUCAAAAUAAAGACACUGGAAAAUAGGCUUGGAAGAGAUAUUUUAAUAAGAGCAGUGAUUAAGUACCUAAAAAAUGAUCAUUCUAGCAAUUGGAACUCUAUUAAUCAGCAUCUUUUAUUUUAUUGUUAGGAUGAUACUGAUGUUCAUUAUAAUACCCUGUAUAAAUUUAAUGAUUCUUCUUUGGGACUUUGGCACUUGCUUCAUCAUCAUAUUUGGAAAAGCUCCUGUCUCUGAUAGCACCCUUGCAGUGAAACCUCAGGUUACCCUAAAAUUGCAAACUCCUUACCUGUUUUAUUAUUUUUUUUUCCUUAACAUCUAAUGCCAUCUAACACGCUAGGUGUACUUAUUUGCUUGUUUUUUCUCCUUCUAGAAUGUAAUUUCAUUUAGAGAUUUUUGUCAUUUUAAUUCACUCUCUAUCACCAGUGGAACAGUGUUGCACAUAGUAGGUACUCCUAAAUGUUUGUUGAAUGAAUAAGGGGAAUUAUAGAGGAAGAUGGCACUGUGUCCUGAGUACUUUGAAUGCAGAAUGCAUUUUAUAGUGUUCAUGUUUUUGGAAAUGAGCCCUCCAGAUGUGAUACAUAUAUGUAGCCCAAAUGCCUCCAAGCCUCAUAACUGGCCCAAGUGGGGCUCUCAUCAAAUAUCUCUGCCCUCAUUUUCUUUUCCCUUACUCUUUUGCCUUUGUCUUAAUCACUCAUUUGGAAAUUUUCAAAGAUUAUACAAAAAAUAGUAAGAAUAAUAUAAUGAACCCCUAUUACCCAUUACUGAUCAUCAAUAAUUACCAAUGUUUGGUCAAUCUUAUUUGAUCUAUUUUGUCCGCUCACUUUUCUGCCCCACUUAUUAAAAAAAAAUUCACCUGAAAAUUCAGAUGCAUUUCUAAAUGUUAGGUACAUUUUAAGAAAAUAGUACCACCAUGUCAUUGUUAUACAUAACAAAAUUAGUAACUCCUGUCAUCUGAUACAUUGUCCAUGAUCAAAUUUCCUCAGUUGACUCUGAAAUAUUUUCAUUCAAAUCAGGAUCCAAACAAGAUUCACAGAUUGCAUUUGACUGUUGUUUUUCUUAAGUCUCGUUUUUUUAUAACAGUUUCCCCAUCUUUUUAUUAAUGACAUAACUUGUUGGUUAAAUAUUGUAUAUCAUUUGCCUUAUAGAAUUUCCCAGUUUCGAGAUUUGGCUGACUGCUUCCUUGAGAUUAAUUUAGCUUUUUUUCUAUUCCUUAUAUUUUCUGUAAAUGGUAUUUAGAUACAGAAGCCUGAUUAAACUCAGAUUCAAGAAUAUUUAAUAUUGGUGCUGUGUAAUUUUUAUUGUAUGGCACCAUGAUAGACCUGAAAACAAUAUAUGAUUGUCUCAAUUUUAGUGAUGGUAAAAUUGAUUAGUAGGUAAUUAACCUGAUUUCAUACUUGAAAAGUUCCCUGUCAACCUCUCACCUAAUGCAUUUAGCAUCCAAUUAUGAUCUUUAUAUUUAUAUCCAUUAUUUCAUUAGGUUUGCAAAAAUGGUGAUUUUCUACAUCUAUUUUUUCUUCCUCAUUUAUUGGCUUCAAUUUUUCUAUGAGUAAGAACUUUAUUAGGUUACAGAAAAAUAUGAUUUGUACUGGAAAAGCAGAAUAAGUGCUUCAUUUUUUUCCAUUUAUUAUUUUUCAGUCUUAAGAGUUGGUUCCCCAGCACGUUCCAAUGUAAUCAGUGGCUUUCUUUUAUUUUUAUGAUACCAUGAGCUCUAGAUUUUAAUUUAUGUUGGUCCAUUCAUCAUUCUUUCUGAUUCUCAAAUUUUCCCAUUUUAGACUAAUGGAAGCCCUUAGAAGUGGCUUGUAUGUUCUUUUGAUGUGAUCUCAUUAGUCCUUGGUAACUUCCUGUUUCUGGUAUAAGAUAUUCUAGGGUCAUCUUGUACAUCUCCUGCCCCAAACCUGGAAUCAGUUAUUUUCCUUCCCUACCUUUUACACAGGAAAUUAGCCAGUGCUCCCGUCUUCAGCAUGAUAGAUCUCAGAAUGUUUUUGUUUCCAUGACACACCAAUUCUGCAAUUAGAGAUUCCAAAGAUGGGUAGUAAGGAACCUGUUUCUCUUCCAUACCCAUGGCUGAAAGGUUGUUAAUAAGAGCACUCAAGGGUGGUAAAAACACUAAAAUUGUUAGCUUAAAUGGAAAGAACAUAACAAAGAUACCCUCAGCAUUAGAAAAACUGCCUGGCCUGAAGACACUGUACCUUCGGAAUAACCAAAUUUCCAAAAUGUGCCCAGAGAUAAGCAACUUGACCCAGUUGACAGCACUAAAUCUGGGAAACAACCUUUUAGAAGAAGUUCCAGAAGAGAUGAAAUACCUUACAUCCCUGAAGAAGCUCCAUUUGUUUAGAAAUAAGAUACAUAGAUUUGCAUCUGGAGUAUGUGAUGGUUUACAAAGUUUGAUCCUGCUUAAUCUGAACAACAAUCAGCUUACAUGGAUUCCUGGAGAAAUUGGCAGAUUAAAAAAUCUUAGAUGUUUGAGUAUAAAUCAUAACCAGCUAGCCAGCAUUCCUAGAGAACUUUGUUUUCUUGAGAAUCUUUCUGAACUUCAACUUAACUACAAUCAGCUUGUGUGCAUACCCAAAGAAAUUAAGUUCUUGAAGAAGCUCCAGCAGCUUCUUCUGGCCAGGAACAACAUUAAAUCUUUGCCAGAGGGACUUUGUGAUCUUUUCAACCUGAGAAUUCUAGACGUAGCUGGAAAUGUUAUUCAGAUGUUUCCAACAGGAUUUCAAGAUUUGAAGCUGAGGGAGUUCUACUGUGAGGGAAACCCAUUGUUCCUGAAGCAGCCAGCUAGUGCUAUAAAACAGGAGAGCGUCUGGAGUUUACAGGAAAUAACAUCAAGAUUUAUAAUGAAUCAGCUAGCAGAAAAGAAUCCUUUCCUAAUGAAAGCCAUAAAAUGGUACCCACAGGUCAGGAGCAUAAUCUCUCAGGGAAGAAAGUGUGCAAUAUGUGGGAAGUUCUUUUUAACCACAUGGCUGAAAUGUGUUGAGUUUUUUCCUCCAUCAAAGAACUGGAAAAUAAGCAGAAAUCUACAGCUGUUACCUCUUCAAAUAUUAAUUUGUUCUUAUAAAUGUUUUUAUCAACGUAACCCUAACCUCUUUGGAAUUGGUCAGGUGUAG